GGCUUGUCUGGAGGUCAACUUUUCACACCUAUCAAGUAAUGUCAGUGCUGGGGCACUAAUGCUGUAAUUAAACACCACUUUGGUUAGUUUCACAUUUUUGGUGGAAUCCCAUCGACAGCUGCAACAAUUCUCUACAAAUUCCCCGUGUAUACAUUUUGGGUGUGUAUUCAUGGGUCUUUUUGGGUGUGUAAUGUGUGGACGCGGUGUUGCAGGGGUAAGCGAGCUGUGCCGUGAUCCUAGCGACCGUGCUUUGAUUUAUUUUCCAUGGUUCUCAUCAACAUCCAAAUGUAGCCUGGGCCGUUCGUCAGCUGACUCGGGUUGCAGUGAACAUCAGCACUGGAUGGAGAAGGUAACCAUUUGUAGUGCUGGCCUCUCCAAUCCCUCGCACGCCUGGCCAGGCCUUAUCGAUUACAGUAUUGCUAAGAGCACCCGUCCCUAUAGUUUAUAGGCUGAAGUUGAGGAUCUUGGUCUUUGUAUAUAUUUAAGUGGCCGGGUAGCUAAUUCAUCAAUGUUGCACAUAACAAUUGUGUUUUAUUAAAGUCAACGGGUUUUGAUUCCUGCUGUAGCCUGCCGCUAAUUUUUUUGAGGGAAUAAUUAAAGUGUUUGGCUUGCUGUAAAAUGGGCAAUAGAGGCCCACGUGACAUCACUGCCAAGAGAAACUCAGAUCCUGAAUCGGUAAUUGUAAAAUGGUAAUACUGUAUGAAAUGCAUAGCUGACCGACUUCGCCAUAGUUACUUAAGGGUUCCUUUGCAUAACCCAUCAUCUCGGUGGCUUCCCAUAAUAAUCAGUGGGCAUAUUUUGACCAAUCCAACCUGUAUAUGGUCAAACAUUUCUGGGUCAUAAUGGACUAUUACAUAAUUUGAGUAAGUUAGGCGUUCUUAAUCCUUGCACAUUAUGCAUCACUUUUGUAGUAAGGGUAAGUGUAUGUGGUACAUUGCUAUUGACAAUUGUACUUGUAUUAAUUAAAAAAAGUAGUGUUGUAACUUAAACGUGUAUAUUGCCCGAGUCUUCAGCUAUUAGUACUUUUUAUAUAGAGUGGUGGUACAGUUAUUGAACACGUGAUAUAAUAUAUUGUGCAUAUUUCUAUCGCCUCCAGUUCCUUAACCCCAAAGCGCAUUGUCAUUAAUGUGGCACCCAAUGACAGCAAGGGAGGUCUCGUUAAAUCUCGUGCAAAAUCAAGUUACUUACAUGAGCAUCAUUUAAGGAACAGACAUUGAGAAUACUAUUUCUGCAGCGCAUAUUAUAAGAAAUGGCACAACAGUCUGACUUUACCGAAAAAACUAAGAAUAUAUAGUCUGAAAGUUAAUAACAUUUGCUCAUAGAAUGCACUCAUCAAUUAACAAGUAAAGAAGAAAUGCCUUCACUACUUGCGAGCUGAGGAGUUCACGGUCAGCAGGAGCUGGAAUCACAUACUAAGACAUAUUUAGAACUUUCAGAAUUGUGUCGACCAAAGAUCAAAGAGUAAAAUGAAGGCAACCUGUAGUUCUAAGUGUAUCAGAAGUGCCCAGAGUUGAAGCCAUUUUAUUGUUUUUACAUUUAUCUAUUACACAUAUAUAUCAUGCAUUAUUUAAUGAUAUAGUUGCAGACCUGAAAGAAUGUUUAAAUUCUGAAUACGUAUCUUGAGGGUGGACAUUUUUCGUUCAGGUUUUCUUCUGUUAUACCACAGCCCAUAAAUUAUUCUUUAUUACCACCAAAAUGUAUUUUUAAUCUCUGGCUUUCAAGCGGAGAAAUUUGCCAAAAAAAGUUUGGCACAAUUUUCUGAAACGUGUUGCCAAGUCCGCCACUGGGCUUACGCCCAGGAAUCAGAAUCCAGCGUGAAGGACUGAUGUCAUAUAGCAGAGAUACGACUAAAGCAGCAGACUUGGUCGAGGUCACCUAUCCACUGUGAAACAGCUGUGGAAUGGGUAGAAGAAAGGAAGUGAUGACGAUGAGGUGUGGGCGGCAUUUGCGGCAUUGGCCAGGAUUACCUCUUUUUAUUCCAUCAACUUUAAAUCUUUACCCAGACUAGGCUUCAUUGUGUUUUGAAGAGUCACAAGUAUUUUUGCACGUAGAAGGUGGCUGGAUUAUCUGGAGAAAACCCACAUGCACAAGAUGUAACUACAGCACCACACCUUUAAGUCAGAACUUGAAUUGCUGUGCUGUUUCGAUAACCACCUAAUUGGCCAGGAAUAUGGUGUCUUACGCUUUAGAUGGCUCCAUCUCUGCAUGAACCACCAACCCUGCCUCUGAGCUUGGUCACAGGCCAUUCGUAACCAGCAGACCUCGUCACUGGGCAUGAUUUAUACUGAGUGAUGAACAUUCCUCUAAGCCUAAAGGUUGCUAACCUCAAAAGCCCAAACUCUUAAUCCCUAUUCAAAACCAUGUUCGUUUGUAACUUAGUUUCCUCUUGUCACGUUUCGUUUUGUGUGUGUACACAGCCAAAUGCAAUAUAAUUUACUCUCCUUACAUGUCAAAUAGUGGUGAGUUAAUAUCUCAUUCAGCUGAACAGUCCUUUUGCGGUCAAUACGUUGAGUCACACUUCUGCAAGUCAACCUUUGGGUAUCUUUUGGAGAGACUAACCCUGCACCAAGGAAUGUGAAAUUUCCAUCCCUGCAUUGGAGACAUCAUUGGAGAUGAGCACUGCCCCAACCUCAUUUAAGCUGGGAAAGGUUCAGACAAUGUUUUGUUAAAUAUAUAUAAAAUGUUUUUUGCUGUGUAAGGGCAUUUGUGCGCGCACUAACCGUGGUAAGCCUGACUUACGGUUAUAGCAGGGCUGUACAGACACUACAAGUACUGGGUGUUUGACCUUGUUGGGGCCACACACCGGUUUGCUUCGGAAAAGACCACAGCGACAUGAUGCUGGCACUAACUCGGGUGGGUGCCGCCUGCCGCACCCGUCUGGCUGCUGCCCCCAGGGCACUGGGGGUUGCCCAGGGACCGCCGCUGGCCAUGAGCGUGCGUUCUUUGCAGUUGGAGAAUGGCUACGUGCAAGCCAUGUACCAGGAGUGGAUGCAAGACCCGAGCAGUGUACACCAGUCGUGGGAUAAUUACUUCCGAAGCGCGAACCUCGGGAGCCCUUCGCUUCUGAGCAGCGUGCAGACGAGCCCAGUGAACGAGAAGACCGUGUCCGACCACAUGAACGUGCACAAACUCAUACGCGCGUAUCAGGUGCGAGGACACCUAAUCGCCAAGCUGGAUCCCCUGCAAUUGCAGAACCAGGACCACAUUGUCACAAAGGAUCUCAUCUACGACAUGAGCAGCCUGGCCAGUUACGGGUUCCUGGAGUCCGACCUGGACCAGACGUUGAAGCUGCCGAACACGACCUUCAUCGGCGGGGACCGCUCUGAUCUGACCCUGCGAGACAUCCUACAGCGUUUGAAGGAUGUUUACUGUGGCUCUAUUGGGGUCGAGUUCAUGUUCAUCAAUGACCGGGAGCAGUGCCAGUGGAUCCGGCAGCGCUUUGAGGUGCCCGGUGCCGGAACGCUCACCCCUGCCGAAAAGAAGCAGCUUCUCAUUCGCUUGCUGCGAGCCACCCGCUUCGAGGAAUUCCUGGCGAAGAAGUGGUCGUCGGAGAAGCGCUUUGGCGUCGAAGGCUGCGAGAUGCUCGUGCCGGCGCUCAGGACCAUCGUGGAUUGCUCCAGCGUCAUGGGCGUCGAUGCCAUCACGCUCGGCAUGCCUCACCGGGGCCGACUCAACGUCCUGGUCAAUGUGAUCCGCAAGGGCCUGGAUGAGGUCUUCUGUCAAUUCGACUCGAAGCUUGAACCGCAGGAGGAGGGCUCGGGCGAUGUCAAGUACCACCUGGGCAUGUCGCAUCAGCACAUCAACCGGCUGUCGGGCCGCAAGCUGAAGCUGUCGCUCGUCGCCAACCCGUCGCAUCUGGAGGCCGUGGGGCCCGUGGUGCAGGGCAAGACGCGCGCCGAGCAGUUUUACCGCGGCGACACCGAGGGAAAGCAGGUGAUGUCUGUGCUCAUACACGGGGACGCUGCAUUCGCGGGGCAGGGAGUCGUCUACGAGACGUUCCAUCUGAGCGACCUGCCGGCGUACACCACCCACGGCACCAUACACCUGGUCGUUAAUAACCAGAUCGGCUUCACGACGGACCCGCGCUCGUCGCGCUCGUCCCCGUACUGCACGGACGUGGCGCGCGUCGUCAACGCGCCCAUCUUCCACGUGAACGCCGACGACCCCGAGGCCGUGACGCACGUGUGUCGCGUGGCGGCCGAGUGGAGGAACACGUUCCACAAGGACGUCGUCGUCGACCUGGUUGGCUACCGCCGGAAUGGCCACAAUGAAGUUGACGAGCCCAUGUUCACGCAGCCGUUCAUGUACAAGCGGGUCGCACGGCAGGUGCCUGUGCUCAAGCAAUACUCUGAUGCCCUCAUCAAGGAAGGGGUCAUCACGGGCCAGGAGUACAAGACAGAGGUGUCCAAAUUCGACCAGAUAUGUGAAGAUGCGUACGCCAGCUCCAAGGAUGAGAAAUUGCAACGGACAAGCCAGUGGAUCGACUCUCCCUGGCACGGGUUUUUCGGGCCGGAUGGUCGACCGCAGAGCAUGUGGACCCCGCCGUCGGGUGUCCCCGAGGAAAUCCUCGAGCACAUAGGCAAAGCCGCGAGUUCCGUGCCAGCUCCGGACUUCAACAUCCACCCAGGCCUGAUGCGCGUGCUGCGUUCCCGCGCCGAGAUGGUGAAGAACCGCACGGCCGACUGGGCGCUCGCUGAGUACAUGGCAUUCGGCUCGCUGCUCAAGGAGGGCGUUCACGUGCGUCUGAGUGGCCAGGACGUGGAGAGGGGGACCUUCAGCCAUCGGCACCAUGUUCUGCAUGAUCAAAACGUGGACAAGAAGACUCUGGUUCCCAUGAAAAAUCUGUGGCCAUCGCAAGCUCCCUACACUGUGUGCAACAGCUCCCUGUCCGAGUACGGGGUCCUAGGUUUUGAGCUGGGCUUCGCGAUGUCCAGCCCCCACGCGCUCGUGUGCUGGGAGGCACAGUUCGGUGACUUCAACAACAUGGCACAGUGCAUCAUCGACCAGUUCAUCUCCUCGGGCCAGGCCAAGUGGUUGCGGCAGAAUGGGAUUGUCCUGCUACUCCCGCAUGGCAUGGAGGGAAUGGGUCCAGAGCACUCCUCUGCACGGCUGGAGCGGUUCCUCCAGAUGUGCACCGACGACCCAGAUGUCUUUCCGAAAAUUGGUGAGCACUUUGACGUGCGUCAGAUCUUCGAGUCGAACUGGACGGUGGCCAACUGCUCGACGCCUGCCAACUACUUCCACAUCCUCAGGAGGCAGAUCCUCCUUCCCUUCCGCAAGCCGCUCAUUCUGGCCACGCCCAAGUCGCUCCUGCGGCUGCCCGAGGCGCGUUCCAGUUUCGCCGACAUGAUGCCCGGGACGUCGUUCCGGCGCGUGAUCCCGGAGGAGGGCCCCGCGGCAAAGGACCCUGGCGAGGUGCGGCGACUCAUCUUCUGCUGCGGCAAGGUUUACUACGACCUGGUGCGCGAGCGAGACGCGCGGGGCAUGCAGGGCCUCGUGGCGAUCUGCCGCCUGGAGCAGCUGUCUCCAUUCCCACAUGACCUGGUGCGCGAUGAGGCGCUUCGCUACCCGGCGGCCGAACUCGUUUGGUGCCAGGAGGAGCACAAGAACCAGGGCUUCUUUGCGCACGUGCACCCACGUGUACGCACGGCCAUCUCCCAGUCACGCCCGCUCUGGUACGUGGGCCGUGACGCAGCAUCUGCUCCGGCGACAGGGAACAAGUACUUGCACAACAUGGAGUCGGAGCGCUUCUUGGCAAAGGCAUUCCACCUGGACGCCUUCAAGGGCAUCUAGGAUGCGACUCUACGCUCUUUGCAUAUACACACACACAUGUACACGUGUGCGAGUGUCCGUGUGUGUGUGAGCAGCGAUGCAAUGUAGCUGUGCUUAGAGAAGCCUAUUGAGAAGCUUUGUAGAAGAGCUUCAGAGGGGAGACCCAUAGAAGAACCUCAUUAAGAAGCAUCAUUUUAACGGGCGUCAAAUGACAUUUUUACAGGUCCUGUGAGAGAAGAAGCCUCAUUUAGACUGUAUUAGAGUCGCUUAGAGGAGCCAUAGUAUGGUGAUGCGUAGAUGAGCCUCGUUGACAUCUCUUGUAAGAACCUCGUGGAAUCAUAGCCUUUCGAGAAACCCUUUAAUGCCUCGUAUACUGAAGGCUCUUAGAGAACCUGAGAAGAGCGUUAUAGGUGGGCAUUAGUCACUAUGGUGAGUGUACGCGUGCGUGCGUGCGUGCGUGCAUGUGUAGGUACUUUGUUGUGACCCUACCAUUAGUUUGAUGAACUCAGUCGCUUAUUGUGCAAAUGUGGCAAUUGGGAUAUGUACCAAGUACAGGUCCCGUGGAGGUCAACUCAAGCUGAAUGUACUUGCAUGAGUAGAUCACCAUCUGAAUCUAGUGUGCAGUGAAAACUUCAGACGGGUAAAUCUAGAAGAUAGUAACUUCUAUUGAAUUUGGGAUCACAAAAUCCCAUGAAUAGUAUUUUUGCACAGUGUUCAAACUUGACACUAAUUUUACUCAAUGUUUAGGCUUUAUUGAAAGUGGCAUAGCUCACCGCACAUUCUUUCUGUGAUGCACAAUAUUUUACUGUCGGACCUCAAACUGAAGACCUCUGGGAGUUUACAUGUGAAGAAAAAUUAGCUCCUACUUACCUGAGAAGGAAGACGCUUUGACUUGGAAUGUGUAUUUGAAAAGUGCAAUGGGAAUUCAGUACGAUAGAUGUGAUGAGCAAUAUGUUUAAAAUAGUGUACAUUCCUUUAAUUGCUGCCUUUAUAUGCCAACCCUAUGCUUAGAAUGAACAGCGUCGGUUCAUGUAAUGUGUGUAAUAACCCUGACAACCAUCCGUAGCUCGAAUACUAUUCCCAGCCUUGUUUCUAUCGCUAAUGUGAAGACUAACCCAAGCUUUGAUUGUAACAUAAACCUUAGCUCUAAAGCACAAUAAUGUUUAUUAAUUUAUAUUAUUGUAAAUUAAUAUUAAGUGACAUUUUUGAAUGUCAAAGUGGGUUUAAGAUAUAGUAGUUUUAGCUUUAAUACUAAACCUUGUCUUUACAAAAACACAUUGAAUCAAUAUCUAAAUGACAUCCUUAAAUGCUAACCAGAAACAAGGAGACAAGCAAAUACAUACCAGGGGACACGGUCACACGGAGACACACAGGGGGUUACCUCCGUCUACCCUGUCUUCUGGCGAAAUGUUAUCUAGAGUUUGUGGCGUUGCCAGAGGUGAUCGAGGAGUCUGUGUGUGUCUUCUCGGCCACAGCUGUACCCUCCCUUCUCUGCACUUGCAAAAAGUGGAGCCCUCUAAAAGGAACAUUCAGGCUUAUCCUGUCCACGAUCCAUCCUGGGUUUUAACCAUACUGGAUUGUGUGAGGACCUCACAGAUCUUUGAAAGAUCUGGACUGUCCCAUCAGGUGAGCUCUAGCAUGCGAGGUUGUUUUGGCUGGGUCAUGUAAUCCACAUGCCCAGCCACCGCAUGUCUAAGCAGCUUCUGUUUGGUUGGACAGAUAGGGCUAAAUGGGCGUGGAACGGACUAGAGAAGAGAUGUACUGAUGUGAUACAGAAUGAUGUGGAGCUGAAUUAACUUGCCGAUGACUGGUACCAGCAGUGUCAAGAUCGGCCUCUGAGGAGGAGGAGCGUUAAGGACACUGCUGGGGAGGUAGAGGCAGUCACCCUCCAGAAAGAGCAAACGGUAGAGGUGCGACGCUCACGAGCGGUACUGGGUGGAUAAAAUACAAAAAGUUGGCAGUGGGGAAGCACGGUGCAUCUGCCAGUAGUCUCAGUCGGUCAACCCAUGGCACCUGGGUCUCUUUUGUGACCUGCCAGCAGGCCUUCGACACUUCACGUGCAACGUGGUGACGUCACCGCCACUUAGUGUGGUGAACAGCGGUUGUGUAUGUGUUGUUGAGAGGGGAGCAGCCAUUGUUAACCUGUAGAGAUUCUUUACAAGUUAUUUAUCAUGUGCAUCAUAACCAUAAUGACAUUACCAUCAUAACAUCAUCUCAUGCAGCAUCACCAUCAUAACAAGGUAUGCCACCUUAUACACAGACGUUUCUCAAUCAGCCCAGGUCUAAAAAGACUGUGCUGUCGUAUACGCUAUUAAAGUUCAACAUACUACCAUCAGAUUUCUGCGCUCUUCAAUUCCUGCCACCCACAAUUGCCAAUUACCAGACUUGGUCAACCGCAGACAGGUGGAUACCCUUGUAACAUCAUCAUCCCCAUCAUAGUCAUCUUUUAAUUACUGUAUGUCUCUCAUGUUGGAACAUAUAAAAGUUGUCGCUUGGCUUAAUAUUAUGCACAUGUAUUUUGAUUGCAAGGUGUUAUGGUGCUCGGGACAAAACAGAUGUCGCUAACAUGCAGGUUGUUGAUUCUCACAUUGGGGACAUAGAUUUGCUUUACAGAAUAUAAACAAAAAUUAUGCGGUCUUCUAAUAUAUAAAAUAACGUAUAUACUCAUUAUUUGUAAUACAUUACUAUCAGUCCUAGUGGCACUUGUAAGGUGCCUGACAAAAAGUCGGUAAAGCUGAAAGUUUAAAUUCUAGUCAGGGGUCAACAUAGCCCAUCAUUUGUCUGGUAUCCAUAAAUUAGGUGCAACUUAGUUGUCAAGAGUAGUUGCCGAAGGAAAGACGGACUCUCUACGUAUGCGAAUGUUGAAUUCACACAUGGGCCACCCGUAUAGCCGAGCACUGCCCCAUGCGAGCUUUCGCAGGGAGACGCUUUUAUUAUAUAUAAUCUCUUAACAUGCAAUAUGCGAUGUCAAACAAAUUGGGUGGCUCUGAAGAGCGUGUUCGGUACGGGGAGCCAAGGGUCCCUGUUGUCGAGCCUUUUCAGACAAUUGAGACCGCCGUUUUGAUUGCCUGAGCUGGGGAAAUGAAAGCAGGGCAGGAAGGUGAUUGCCAACUGAAGUAGCAUCUUUGGGAAUCCUCAGGUAGUUAACCAGAACAACUUUACUGGGAGACAUGCUUCUAUGAUAUUAAAAUAUUUUUUUUGUUUAUUGAGAGUUUCAAAAAUUGUGCUGUUAUAUAUGGAUUAUUUCUUACCCGAUUGCACCUCAAUUGUGUUACCAGCAUUGUGAGCAAAGAAAAUCUCUAAAAGCAGGCAGUACAGAUGUUGCCACGUUCACAACAUGGCUGGAGAGAUGACUGGAACCAAUUGCAAAGUGUUUUCGAUGGCCUGUUGAGGCAAGUUAAAGACUGUGCACAUUAAGCUGCGCAAAGGAGUGAUGGGUAUCAUUCAAUAUCCAUCCGCCGAUUAGGCCGACAGAUCGUGAUUUGCACUGGAAAUAAGUGCAAUUAGAAUGGUAUUUGUUUACGAUAGGAUUUGUGCAUUCUCCAGUCAAUGGGCCGAGACUUUAAAAUGCAAUACAGGACCCAAACCCAGGAUCUGACUGGUGCCGGCCCAGUUUCCUGAGCUACCGAGCUACAUUGAAUAUUUAUGCUGGUAAUAGAAUUUUUUAAAAUCCUAUGGGAGCUGACUCAACCAAUCAUUCCACUGUGGUCUGUAUAUUAGGUACUAGAGAUGUUUUCCCGAGUUUCGGAUUAGUCCCAAAAAUCAAGCCUCGUGAAAUAUUGCUCAAAAUGAUUUUUUUUAUUGUAUCCUAAAACUGGAAAUGUCACUUUUAUAACAUCACUUGUGUUUUUCACGUCUAAAGCGGGCAUCACUAUUCUCACAAAGAAACUUAACAUUUAUACAAAAUGAAAAUGAUCUGAAAAUAUAUUCGAAUUUUGUGGAGGAAAGUCAACCUCAUACAAAGUGCUGGAACAUAAGACCUUGCACAGUUAUUAAUGGCCCAGUUCUGGUUAUUUAUAUUAAAUGGAUAACAGUAAGGGUAUGUAUAGAACUGUGGUACUAGACAAUUUAUAAAAUUGUUCUUCUGAAGUAGAAAAAAAAAUGUCUUAGCAGUAUUUCUGCGUAAGCAAAUGGCAUCUCUUGAAUUUACUUUAUAGAAAUCUUAUGUGAAGGUUACAUUGCAUAUUCUUGGUCGUAAAUUUAACCUGUUUGGAAUUGUUUAGUAAAGCGACAAUGUGUUCAGCAUCACUUUUAAUCACCGAAAUAGAAAUUCUGCGAUUUGAUCAUGCAUUUCACUUUGCGCUUUGAAAAACUACCUUUGUUCGGUUAGUUUUGCAAGGCAGUGAUCAUGGUUUUAUUUGGAAAUAUAUUACAUUUAUAUUGAGCUAUUUCUGUGGGUAUUUUAAGAAGUUAAACAAGCUAUGAUUACUUUGCCAAAGUAUGUUGGGGAACAUUGUUUUAAAUUUAAAUGAAUAACCUCAUAAUCAUGGUGAUAUCAUCUAAUCACUUGAAAAUUCUGUGACGAUUUGUUUUGUUUUAAAUACACCGUUUUAAAUAAACUUAUACCACCUCGUCGUUCAGUCAAUUUUUAUUUAUAUUUCUACUUGUAAACACAGGAUUGAGUUCAAUGAAUUUGUCUUACGUUUAUUUAUCAUUUUAUCCAGAGGCUUUUUUUAAUGAAGAGGAAUUUUGGAAGUGGAUGUCAGAAGAGAGAAAUAAGCAGCUGAUUUGAAGGGAAGCUAAAACAUUGACUGAAAGUUGACAGUUAUUUCACUGGAAGAGAGGAAGACUACAGCAACCGCACGCAUCCACAUCCUCCUCUGCGAGGAUAGAUUAUGCAAAUGUGAAUACUGCAAUCCCAGGUGAAUAAAGUAGAUCUUUGUCUCUGGCAGGGACGUGCGGGCAGGGGAGGCAGAGCCUCACCUGUCGUACUCCAAUGAAGAAAAUCGCUCAUUUGCCAGUAACAAAAUAUGAUAAUUGGGU